AUGAAUGAUUAUAUCUUCACAACUAUAAGGGUAUGGCGCAACACUGACGCCACCAAGGCCUCAAACAGAGACUCUGAGGAGGGUCUUAAAAUAACCAAGGAGAGGAGCAGAGCAAGUCCAAGUCCCUCCAGGGGCCGCAGGCACAGAUCCAGUGGGCCUUCAUCAAGGGCCCCCGUUGCAACAUGUGCCCAAGAGUACACUGGCACACCUCACAGCACAGGAGAAACCCAGAGUCUCUCGGGACAAAGUGGUGGAGCUGUGAGUGUUGGCAAAAAGAAAAGGAAAAAGCGCAAGAGGAGGUCCACUAAAAAGAGGCAGCCGACCCCUCCGUCUGAGGAACAGGCUCAGACCUUCAGAGGCUCGUCCUCCUCCACUGAGGUUGCUGGUGCAUCCACACCUGCCAGCAUCAGCAUCACCUCUGAUGCUAAAGACAGGAAGAGGGGAAAGAGGAAUUCUGAGGAGUCACAGAGAUACACAAAGAGGAGCAGAAAGACCCUCAGCAAGACCUCCUCCAGUGACAAUACGUCCUCCUCAGUCAGCGCUGCCUGCCGUGAUAGCAUUGCUGACUUCCAUGCAAAGUACCAAGAAGAAGAUCUGCUUGGUACAGGAGGCUACGGCUCAGUCUAUGCUGGCUACCGUAAAGAGGACAAUCUGCCUGUGGCCAUAAAACAUAUCUCCCAGCACGGCAUUAAGCACACAGCAGUGGAACUGGAAGGGAAAAUAUUGAUGGUGCCGAUGGAGGUAGUGCUGCUGCUUAAACUCCGGCCAGCAGCAGGAGAGUCCAGUGCAGCUAUCACCCUGCUGGACUGGUAUAACAUGGACUUAGAACUCAUUCUGGUCCUGGAGAGACCAGUCCCCUGCAUGGAUAUGAUAGACUACCUGAACUCCAGGCAGUUGUCCCCAAAGGAGCAUGAAGCUAAAACUAUAACAAGACAGCUGGUGGAUGCAGUCAUCGAGGUUCACUCAAAAGGCGUUUUCCACCGGGACAUCAAGCUGGACAACAUUCUAAUGGAGACCGGCUCUGAUGUCCCUCGUGUGAGGCUCAUAGACUUUGGCUGUGGGACAUUUGUUUCACAAGGAACUUACCAUAGUGAAAAUGGUACCUAUAUAUACGCCACCCCUGAGUGGUUCAUGCGUGGCAGCUACAGGGCAGAACCAACAACUGUUUGGCAGAUCGGUGUGGUGCUCUUUGUGAUUCUCCAUUCCUGUCUCCCCUUCAACACUAGUGAUGAAAUAAUCAAUGUCAUCCCUGACCUUAGGAAGGGUCUUUCUUACGAGUGCCGUGAUUUCCUCCAGGGCUGUCUGGAUAAAAGCCCAGAAGGCCGACUCAGCCUGGAUUCACUGAAACAGCACCCCUGGCUGGUGUAA